GUCUUUUUGGGGUUUUAGGAUCCAAAGGGUUUCUCGCCGAUGAAGGAGAAGAGAGUGAGUGAGUACCAUCAGGAUAUAAAAUUAGAGCAAUGGUUUAAGUUGGGCCUUUGGGCCGUCGUAAAAAUAUAAUAAAGAUAAAAAUGUACGUAUUUAAAAUCAGGUAUUAUAUACUCUUAUUUAUAUAAAAGAGAAAUUUCUAAUUUCCUAAGAUAGACAUUUUUGAGUUUUUAUCAAAAAAUAACCAUCAAUAAAAAAAAUAAUCAAAAUAAGUUUUAUUAAAAAAUAAAAAUGUAUUCGGACUUAACUAAUAUAAACUUGGGGUGAAGUUAAUGGGUGAAGUUUUAGAGAUAUGGUUUAAAAUUUAAAAAAUAAAAAGUUCAAAAUAAAAAGGACUAUUUUGAUUAUUUUUUAAUGGCUAUUUUUAUGACAAAAACUUAAAAAUGGCUAUUUGAAAGAAUUGCUCUUUAGAAAAUAUGCAAAUUAUAUUUAGUUUACAUUUAUAUUUAAAUAACAUUUUAUAAAAUAUGUAUAUAUUAAUUUUUUUCCAAAAAAGGCAAAUCGGAGUCUUACAAUUUCCCGCGACCGGGAGAAACAUCUGAGAUUAAAGAAGUGUUUUCUAAAAAAAAAGUUUUAUAAUAAAUAUCUCAAUAUGAGGUGUUAUUGGUUUAAAUAUUUUGAUUGAUUUAGAAAUCCAUUUAGUAUUUAUAAAUCCAAGUAAAAUAUAUAUAUUUUAAAAAAAAUCGGAUUAGUAUUUACAAAUUGGAGGUUUUCCUUCGGAUUUGAGUCCUUGUAUUUUUAACAAAAAAAUUCAAGCAAAUCCAUUAUAAAAUUAAAUUUAUUAGUAAAUCUAUACGAUUGAAUAACACUUGAUUUGAUUUAUAAUUUAUGAAUUAUUAAACCAAUACCACAUGAUUUUAAUACAGAUUUGAAAAUCAUAGAAUCAAUAACACUAAAUUUAAUUGAAUUUUCAAAACCAUUAAAAUACAACAACUAAUAAUCCCAGCUAAAGAAGUGUUUCUAACUGUGCAACUUUGAAAGAAAAAGUUUUUAACUGUGCAAAGAGAAAUAUCACAUUCCUCCACCUUUUUUUCUCUCCAAGUGGUUCACUAAUCGAAGACUGAAUAUUGAAAAUUAUAUGUUUCAUAUUUCAUUGACCCUAUAAAGUUAAACUGGUAAACUAAGUUUUUAUAGAGACUAAUAGCGAUAAAAGAAUUCGGAGUUCAAGACAUGUCUACAUGAGUCACGUUCGGACUUUCGUCGAUAAUCACAUGCAAUUUGACAAUCACGCCAUUAACAUAUUCAAAGUCAUACUGUAUCUUCAACUUCAAAUCACAAUUAAGAGUUAUAAUCACGCUAUAUAUAAAACACUUUUUGAAUCAUCUCCUGAUUAUAAGCGAUCCAACUAAUGUCAACAUGUAUCACAAAUUUCAGAUCUCUAGUAAAUUUUUUCAGGCUUUGGGUUUGAAGAUGAAGAUUCUGAUAACACUCCUCUUUAGUUGCGUACUAGUUUUGUCCAUAAUGUUAUUAUCAUCCUCAAACAACAUCAAGAACCAACUUCUUGAUGCUAUAGCCACCGUUUCAAAGGAAUCCGAAACACCGAGAGAUAAACUGUUGGGAGGACUUUUAACCAGCGAUUUCGAUGAAGGUUCUUGCUUCAGUAGGUAUCAUAAAUCUUUGUUGUAUCGCCAGCCUUCGCCAUACAAGCCUUCAGAAUAUCUAGUCUCUAAGCUUAGAAGCUACGAGGUGCUGCACAAGCGUUGCGGUCCAGACACAAAAGCUUACAAGGAAGCAACAGAGAAUCUUGUUCGUGAUGAAAAUUAUGCACAAGGCAACUCAGUCGGUGAAUGCAGAUACAUUGUGUGGAUCGCGGGUUACGGUCUUGGAAACAGAAUGCUCACCAUUGCUUCUGCCUUCCUUUACGCUCUCUUAACAGAGAGAAUCAUUCUCGUUGACAACCGCAAGGAUGUUAGUGAUAUCUUAUGCGAGCCAUUUCCAGCUACUUCUUGGUUGCUUCCUCUUGACUUCCCAUUGAUGAAUGGUACUUACCGGUUCGACAAGGGAUACUCUCGUUGUUACGGGACAAUGCUGAACAAUCACGCCAUCAACUCGACUUCUAUCCCGCAGCAUCUAUAUCUUCAUAAUCUCCAUGAUUCAAGGGAUGAAGACAAGAUGUUUGUCUGCGAAAAGGAUCAAGGUUUGAUCAACAAAGUCCCUUGGUUGAUUAUUCAAGCCAAUGUCUACUUUGUUCCAUCUCUAUGGUUUAAUCCAACUUUCCGACUUGAACUAAUGAAGCUGUUCCCGCAGAAAGAUACCGUCUUCCACCUUUUGUCUCGGUAUCUUUUUCACCCGACCAAUCAAGUUUGGGGUAUGGUCACAAGGUACUACCACGCUCACUUAUCCAGAGCAGACGAGACACUCGGUAUUCAAAUACGGGUUUUCAGAAAGAACGCUGGAUAUUUCCAACACGUCAUGGACCAGAUCGUAGGUUGUACGCAAAGAGAGAAACUCUUGCCUGAGUUGGCUUCACAAGAAGCACCACAAGUCAACGCAUCGAGUGUCACCAAAGUUAAAGCUGUUCUUGUAACAUCUUUGUAUCCAGAGUACUCUGACAACUUAAAGAGCAUGUUUUGGGAGCGACCAAGUUCUACAGGAGAGGUUGUUGAAGUCAAUCAGCCGAGUGGAGAAAGGUUUCAGCAAACAGACAAGAAGCUUCAUGACCAAAAGGCGCUUGCUGAGAUAUAUCUACUGAGCCUAACCGAUAAGAUUGUCACAAGCGCAAGGUCUACGUUUGGGUAUGUUGCUUAUAGUAUUGGAGGAUUAAAGCCAUGGUUACUUUAUCAGCCAAGGGAUCUUACAACUCCUGAUCCUCCAUGUGUUCGAUCCACGUCGAUGGAGCCUUGUUACCUUACUCCUCCUUCCCAUGGAUGUGAAGCUGACUGGGGUAAAAACUCGGGGGAGAUUUUUCCUUUUGUUAAGCAUUGUGAGGAUCUUGUGGAUGACGGGCUCAACCUAUAUGAUGAACUGUAGAUCUUGUUUAAGCAAUGUUAUCUCUCUUUUAGUUUUCUUGUAUAAUAAUCAUCAUCAUUGAUUUUCAGUGGAAGAUGUUACACUUCACAGUUUACAACUGUAUACUAUGUUUUCAUAUGUCAAUGCAUAGAAACAUUUAGUUGUUCAAAACGUCUACAAGGUUUGCUUGGUUAUAAACAGCACAUGUUAUAAUCAUUUUCGAACAUUUAGUUAUUAAUGAGCUCUUCUGGAGAUUACUUUAUGUGUCAUUUAAGAUAGUAGGUAGCAUUGACCAUUGGUGAGUAUAUUUGCAAACGGUUUAACAUUCUAAUUAGCCCCGUUAUUUUUUUUUUUUUUUUUUGACAGCAAUUAGCCCCGUUAAUUCUGUAAAAAUGAGUUGCUUUGUGAUAAGAAAGUUAAUUUAUACCUGAACAAAGAAUGAUUCUCUCUGUUAUGUUCUCAAGACCUAUAAUGGUGUUCCACAACCUCAUCAGACCCGGCUCAACAAUAAAUAAAACCUGGGAUAAAACUUUCUCACGAAGGAGAGAAUGACAUAAGAUCCAAAACUAAUAUGUAUAUACAUUAUUUUAUUUUUAAGAAAUGAAUAUAAUUUUUAUGAAUAAUUUUAGAAUAAUUUUUUUGAAACAAACUAAAGAAAUAAAAAGAUUUUCUCUUGAAAAUGAAAUUUAUAAGAAAUAUUAAUAUUACAAACUAUAAAUUUAGAGGAAUAAAUUCCGAAAAAAUGAACUAAAACUAUCUUAAUUUUUAAGAUCAACUUCAUCUAAAUCACAUCUAGACAUAGUUAGGGCCUGACUGGUUUAACCGCAGCGGUUGCGGUUGCGGUUGCGGGAGUUUGCGGAUGCGGGUGAUUGCGGUUUCUAGCGGUUUUAAGAGAUUUGUACGACUGGUUAUGCGGUUAGAAAUUUAUGCGUUUGCGGGAUACUUAUGACUGGUUAACUACCAAAUGCAGCAGCAGUUAAAUAAUAAAUUAACAAUAUUUAUA